AUGAGCCCGACACCCGAAGAAGCAUCGGAGCUGGAUAUAUCAUCGAGCUCGCCCGACUUCAAGUCCUGGUCUCGAAGCAGCAGCAUCACCAGCAGACACACCAACAUCACCGAAGUCAACGACCCCCUCGAGGACGCCGAGUUCACAGUUCAAGACAUCCUGUCUUCUUUUUCAUCAUCCCGUGCCGCUCAGAAGUCGCAUUCUUCCCGCACACCACCAACAAUGUCUUCGUCACGUUCCGGUCGUUCAGGAGGUUCAUCCAGCCACCGCAGCUCCAAGAGUAGCAAGAAGCCAAGGGCGGUCCAAGUUAGUGAAGGCCUCUUCUUUGUACUAUCGCCCCGCCCCGUCCCUACUCAUCCUUCCCCUCCCUUCUUCAUCGGACAGAAACCAACUCUCUUCAUGACCGCUGCAUGUGCGCUUCACCCUCCGACACCCAUACUGACAGAAGCCACACAGCGCUCCGUCCAGCAGCUCAUCGAGUCGCUCGAAACCCACCGGGUAAACACCCUCACAGAGCUCUGCCGGAUCGAGCGCGUGGCCGCGACCUGCGAGAACGAAGAGGACGCCGUCGCCUUCCAGGGCCCCAUGACAGCGGCCUGGGACUACUACGUCAACAGCAACCAGCUCCUGAGCGAGCUGCGCGGGAUGACGCGCAGCUACCCGAUCUGCAGCGACAUCCUCUACGACGCCCACGUCCGCGUGCGCAGCGAUCCGAACUCGAACAAGAGCUGGAACCUGGCGUGGCUCUGCUUGACCAAGAUCCAGGAAGAUGGCCUAGUUGACGGAUACGCCGGCGUCGAGGCCGUGAAGCCUGAGAUGUGGGGAGGCCGCGAGCCCUCAGCGGAGGAGGCGGAACAGCUCAAGGCGUGCUUCGUGUACGAAUGGAACAAGGCCUUGAGUGCCAUGCUCAGGCAUUGGGCUGUCGAUCCAGUCUGGUACUAG